AUGCGAGGUCUCCUGCUAUCGACCGUUAUUGGUCUUGUGCAAUAUAAUUCUUUCUCAAUCGCCGCAGACCCUGUUCCCAUCGGCAAACCUAUUGAGGGCAUUUACAAUGGCACAUAUCGACCCCAAGUCCACUUCUCCCCUCCCCAACACUUCAUGAAUGACCCCAAUGGCAUGUUUCGCGACGCCGAUGGGUUGUGGCAUCUGUACUACCAGUACAAUCCCACAGAUGUGGUUGCAGGUAACCAGCACUGGGGUCAUGCAACAUCAAAAGACUUGUACCACUGGAUCAACCAGCCUAUUGCCCUGUUUCCUCCAGAGAAUGAUACCUAUGUCUUUUCCGGAAGUGCGGUAAUCGACACAAACAACACAUCAGGGUUCUUCCCAGACCAGGAUAAUGGUGUUGUUGCCAUUUAUACCCUUUCAUCUCCAACUGUUCAGGACCAGGCUAUUGCGUACUCACGAGAUGGAGGCUACACUUUCGAGCCAUACUCCAAGAACCCUGUGAUCAAUAGCACAUCAACACAGUUUCGCGAUCCCAAAGUCAUUCGCUUUAAUGGCUCUUGGAUCAUGGUAGUUGCAUACCCCCAAGACUUUGCCAUCGGUAUCUUCGAGUCGCCCGAUCUCAAGGAAUGGACCGCUACAAGCAACUUCUCUCACCACGGUCUUCUCGGAUUGCAAUACGAGUGUCCCAACAUGAUUCCCAUGCCCUACAUCGACGAAGAUGGCAAGAAACAAGACGAUAUGUGGCUCAUGGCAAUCAGCAUCAACCCGGGAGCACCUCUUGGAGGUUCCAUCACGGAGUAUUUCCCCGGUACAUUCAACGGCACACACUUUGAAGCCGUCGACGCAGCAGCAAGAAUUGCCGACUUUGGCAAAGAUAACUACGCGGGCCAAUGGUUCUAUGGUCUGUCGGAUGAUGAACACCCUGUCUCAAUGGCCUGGGCAUCCAACUGGCAGUAUACUAGCGUGGUGCCCACCGGAAACGAGGGCUGGCGAAGUGCCAUGAGUUUGCCGCGUGAGAACUACCUGACCAAAGCAAAGCGAGUCGGUUGGAAGCUCGUCUCCAAGCCUUACGACCUGAGCCCUGUUCUAGGCCCGGAAUUGGCUUCCAACGACAGCUUUGGUAAUGGAACACUCUUUGUCGAUUACUCAGAUGUUGAGUCCAACGCACUCUACUGGGAGGUCAACGUGACUGGUAUCCCGGAAACUGGUGUUCCUUCAACCGCGUCAAUGAACUUCACUUUUUCAAGCCCCAACACCAACGAAGUCAUCAAAUCUGGCUACUACUUUGGCGGCGACCCUGUGUUCUUCCUCGACCGUGGCGGUGCACGCGGUUUUGACAAUAUCUUCUACACUGACAAGACUUCGCUUGGUAGCCUCGCUACCGAAGAUGGCUCAUGGAGCGUCAGUGGCGUCAUUGAUAGGUCUAUCUACGAAGCAUUCCUCAAUGGAGGUGUAGACAGUGUUACCAACACCUUCUUUACAACGGAACCAUUAACACACAUGAUAUUUAGCACUGUUGACUUGCCCGAGGGCGUCGAGGUCAGUGUUAGUGUUCGGGGUCUGAAGAGUGCCUGGGAGGGUGUAGAGAGUGACGACGGAGUUGUGUAUGGAAACAAGACCUCAAAGCCUUAA